AUCCAUUUGAGGCUUUCAUAAUUUUUUCUAUUCGUCAUGAGAUCAGAAAAAUUGAUCUUCACAAACGUGACUACAGCCUGUUAGUUCCUGGUUUAAGAAAUACAAUAGCACUUGAUUUUCAUUUUGAUCAGAGUUUACUGUACUGGACAGAUGUGGUAGAGGACAAAAUUUACAGAGGCAAACUCUCUGAUACUGGAGGUGUUAGUGCCAUUGAGGUGGUGGUACAACAUGGCCUGGCCACACCUGAAGGUCUUACUGUAGACUGGAUUGCAGGAAACAUAUACUGGAUAGACAGCAACUUGGACCAAAUAGAAGUAGCAAAACUAGAUGGCACUUUGAGAACAACGUUAAUAGCAGGAGCUAUGGAACAUCCAAGGGCUAUUGCUUUGGAUCCCAGAUAUGGAAUUCUGUUUUGGACAGACUGGGAUGCGAAUUUUCCUCGCAUCGAAUCUGCUUCCAUGAGUGGAGCAGAAAGAAAGAUUAUAUAUAAAGACAUGGAUACUGGAGCCUGGCCUAAUGGCCUUACUGUAGAUCACUUUGAAAAAAGAAUAGUCUGGACAGAUGCCAGGUCGGAUGCCAUUUAUUCUGCAUUAUAUGAUGGAACCAGCAUGAUCGAGAUUAUACGGGGUCACGAAUAUCUUUCUCACCCUUUUGCUGUUUCUUUGUAUGGGAGUGAAGUAUAUUGGACAGAUUGGAGGACCAAUACACUCACAAAAGCCAAUAAAUGGACUGGCCAAAAUGUCAGUGUCAUACAAAAAACGAGUGCUCAGCCGUUUGAUCUUCAGAUAUAUCAUCCAAGUCGUCAACCACGAGCUCCCAAUCCGUGCUCUGCUAAUGAGGGCAGAGGUCCCUGUUCUCAUAUGUGUCUGAUCAAUCACAACAGAAGCGCUGCAUGUGCCUGUCCACAUCUCAUGAAACUGUCACUAGACAAGAAAACAUGUUAUGAAAGGAAGAAAUUUCUUCUUUAUGCAAGGCGUUCAGAAAUAAGAGGGGUGGACAUAGAAAACCCAUACUUCAACUUCAUCACAGCCUUCACUGUUCCUGACAUUGAUGAUGUGACUGUCAUAGAUUUUGAUGCUGUUGAGGAACGCCUAUACUGGACUGAUGUGAAAACACAGACCAUCAAGCGUGCCUUCAUAAAUGGCACUGGCUUAGAAACCAUCAUUUCGAGAGAUAUUCAGAGUAUCAGAGGUCUUGCGGUGGAUUGGAUAUCACGCAAUUUAUAUUGGAUUAGCUCAGAAUUUGAUGAAACACAAAUUAACGUGGCACACUUAGAUGGUUCCUUGAAAACCUCAAUCAUCCAUGGAAUCGAUAAACCUCAGUGUCUUGCAGUUCACCCAGUAAAAGGUAAGCUGUAUUGGACAGAUGGGAACACAAUUAACAUGGCAAACAUGGACGGCAGCAACAGCAAAAUACUCUUUCAGAAUCAAAAAGAUCCUGUUGGUUUAUCAAUAGAUUAUGGGGAGAACAAGCUUUACUGGAUCAGUUCAGGAAAUGGAACCAUAAAUAGAUGCAACUUGGAUGGUGGUAAUCUUGAAAUAAUAGAAUCAAUGAAAGAAGACUUAACAAAAGCCACAGCAUUAACCAUUAUGG